CAAGUAACGUAGGAAGGGCACGAGGUUUAGGCGACCUAAAUGGGCAAUGGGGUCCAUGCCACCACUACCAAAAUAUAAACAAACAAAAACAAAGGACCCAAUUCGUAAAGCAACCAAAGUAAAAGGACUAAAACUGGAAACUCACAAAUGCGAUUUUAAAGAACUGUCCAAGGCGUGCUCCCAUGUGAUUCCUACUCCCCCUUCCUUUAUAUCCCACCUCUAUACAUACGUCUCUAUAAUCCAUUCAUUUCAAUCCUCCAUUUGCUCUCACACCAUUCCAUACAGGAACUUAUUAUCAUCAUCAUCGAGAUUGAAUCUAUUUUAUCUGUUUCAUCCGUAAUCGAUCCGAUCUGAAACAAACAACGGUUACCGAAACAAAUUAACCGUUCAUGACGUCAUCAACAACUGUUCCGAAUCCGAUAACGAACAACGAAAAUAGAUCUCGUGAUUCAUCCAAACGGAGAAAACGGAAGAAAUUUCAAAUGCAAAAUAAUAAUAAUAAUCGGAACUGUAACAAUAACGACCAGAUUUCCGGUACCGGUACCGUUACACCGUGGAAAUCGGAAGUUCAACGGCAGAUUUACAGCUCAAAGCUUCUGCAAGCUGUCCGUCACGUCCGUCAGAGCUCCAUUACCGGAACCGUUAAAUCUCCACGGCGUGGACGCGCCGUGCGUGAGGCGGCGGACCGGAUUUUAGCCGCGACGGGUAAAGGCCGUACGCGGUGGAGCAGAGCGAUAUUGACGAACAAACUGAAACUGAAGUUUUUGAAGAGUAACCGGAGACAGAGAGGAUUGGUGGCUACGGUUACCGGAAAUAGCCGGUUGAAGAAGCCGAGAGUGAGUAUAUUGAGGCUGAAAACGAAAAACUUACCGGCGGUGCAACGGAAGUCACGUGUUCUCGGUGGAUUAGUUCCCGGUUGCCGGAAACAACCGUUUCCGGUUGUGUUAGAAGAAGCGAUUGAUUAUAUACCGGCUCUUGAGAUGCAGGUUAAAGCCAUGGCUGAGCUUGUUCAGCUUCUUUCUGGCGCCGGCUCAAGCUCCGGCUCCGGUAAUUUAGCUCAGCUUGGUUUUAGCCGGCCACCACCGAACUUGUGAUAUUGAUAUGUUUUUUUUUCUAUUUUUUAUUAUUUACCAUCUUUGUUUUUUACUUACCUUCUUUACCGUCUACGUCACUGUUAAAAUACAUUCUCUCCUUUUGAUUUGUUAUUUUCUUUUUUCGUUUUAUUUUUUUUGGUUGGUCGUAUAGAAUUUAACCUUCCAAAUCUCAUUAUUAUCAAGAAAUAUAUGUUGUUUUCUUGUU